AUGAGUGAAUACAUGGAAAAAUAUCAAGUCAGUGGAUUAAUUGGUGCCCCACCAGGUUACAUUGGUUAUGAAGAAGGUGGACAGCUCGCUGAUGCAGUCCGCAGGAGUCCUCAGUCAAUUGUGCUUUUUGAUGAAAUUGAGAAGGCAGAUCCUAACGUUUUCAACAUCUUGUUACAGUUGUUGGAUGACGGGAGACUCACUGAUUCUUCGGGAAAAACAGUCAGUUUAAAAAAGACCAUAGUCAUCAUGACUUCGAAUAUUGGUUCUCAGUAUAUUUUGGAAACUCUUAGCAACAAGGGGGAAGGCAGGGAGGACACAUAUGAGGUUAAAUCUUUUGGCUACAUUGGUUUUGACCAAAACUUUGGUGCACGGCCUGUGAAGCGGGUGAUCCAGAAGCUGGUUGAGAGUGAAAUUGCAAUGGGAAUUUUAGGAGGAGAUAUUACAGAGGGAGAUUCUGUUAUUGUUGAUGCUGAUGGCAUAUCAAAGAUCUGCAACCACAGAGCUUUAGCUCAGUGGCCACCACCUCUCAAAUUGCCUGUACCUCAUGGGCAGCUCGGUUGGUCUCAGCAAGCCUCCUUAGGAGCUGGUGUCCAGUGCCCGCAAAGGUUCGAGUUCCGUAGUUAUCGUGUUCAGGGGGAUAGGGCCUCUCCUUCCGGGCCGGAGUGA